UUUUUGGAUCCCGUGGCGACGCGUCGGUAAUGCCACCGAGCACGGAGGGGCGUUUCCGUCCGACGGACGUCCCAUAAAUCGCCUCGUUCUAAUCCGCCGUCGUCGUCGUUAAUGGCCGUCUCCAAAGACCACUUCCUCCUCCCCGUGUCCAACCCGGCGGGUCGGCUCGCUUCCUUGCUUUUCUCUCGCUCGUAACUACUCGAACGUUCGCCCUUUUGUCACCAUCGGUCUCAGUCUUUGCCCAUCAACAAGCGUACCUUUUGAUCGGUUUCUUGAACCCUAAUUGGGGACCUUCGAGGAAGAUUCGUUCGAUUCGGUAUUAGAUUGGGAAUCAAGCGGGCUUAUCUCUCACGCUUGUGGUACUCGUUGGUCGGAUCGGGCGUUCCGAAUCCUUAUGCUGCAAAAUCUGUGGUUUUAAGGAACGAGUCGGCUUUAGGUGGGCUCUUGUGUUCGGGUGAUUCAUGGCGUGCGCCAGGAAGGGUGGAUCGACCUCUCAGUUAGAUAUUGAGCAGAUACUUGUGGAAGCACGACGUCGAUGGCUACGUCCUGCUGAAAUUUGUGAAAUACUCCAAAACUAUAGGAAAUUUCGUAUUGCACCAGGGCCGCCAAAUAGACCUCCUAGUGGGUCUUUGUUUCUUUUUGAUAGAAAGGUGUUAAGGUACUUCAGGAAGGAUGGGCAUAACUGGAGAAAGAAAAAGGAUGGGAAGACUGUAAAAGAAGCUCACGAGAGGCUAAAAGUUGGAAGUGUUGAUAUGCUUCAUUGUUACUAUGCUCAUGGUGAAGAGAAUGAAAAAUUUCAAAGACGAAGUUAUUGGAUGUUGGAAGCGGACCUCAUGAACAUUGUUCUUGUACAUUAUCGUGAAGUCAAGCUUCAGGAUAAAACAAGUCGAAGCCUUACUAGAGACGUUGAAGAAGUUGUGCAAGAUACUCAAAUGGAUAAUCCUAUCGUUGAAGAAGUUGUGCAAGCUAUGCAAAUGGAUAAUCCUAUCACUUCUAAUUCUGCCACAAGCCAGAGUCAGCUGGCUUCACAAUCUUUUGGCGUUGAUAGCCCCAGUAGUGCACACACUUCAGAAUAUGAAGAUGCUGAAUUGGCAUAUCUAAAGCCAAAUUCAUUGCACCACAUAGUUAUCAAACAAGUUCCAGAUACCACACUUUCAUUGAGAUGUGGCAGUAUGAUGAUCGAUGAAUGAUGGUUUUCACCUUUUGAACACAUGCUGCUGUUCCAUUGAUAGCUUAUUGGAACAUCCUGGAAUGAACUCCCGUAACAUUGUCCAACAGCCUUCCAGACAACUUUUCAAUCUUUGCACAGGCUGCCCAGAUGGAGGUUCAAGACUCGAAUCUUUGAUAUCUGGCAUUUAUAUACAUGUGGUCUCAGUGCAUGGAUAAUGUCACCAGUUCACAAGAAAAAUUACUUGGCAGGUAUUACCAAUAUAAAUUUUUGGCAACGUUUUACUUCUGCAUAUAACACCAGUAUGCAGGAGUUUUUUCAUUAUUAUGUUUUCAUGCUUUGACUGUCUGCUGUUCUUUAGACUACUUGCUUUUUUUUUUUUUUUCCCUUUGAAGAAUGUCUUCCUUGGCUUCAAAUAGCGCCUUUUUUGGUCUAAAUGUAUAUGCGCAAGUUCCAACUUGUGGGGGCCCAACAUGCUGCCACUAAUUAUUGCUAAAAGAAAUGAUAGCAUCACUGCCUAAUUAUUGUUAUACUUAUUAUGGGAAUCUUAUACAUGUGUUCUUGAUAGAAGGAAAGACUGGCAAUUGGUAUGCUCUUGAUUUUUUUUAUUUUGUAUUUCCUGAAGUAGACCAAUAUUUCAGAUUGGAUCGAUUUGUUUUUCUUAUUUUGUUAUGAAUCAUCAUAAACAGUAUUAUGACUUAGGGCAUGUACAUGCAUGUUUGAGGAAAGUUGAAUUUCCAGCAGAACUUUUAUUAAGCAAUAAAACUAUUCUGUAUCAUCAUGGAGUUUUAAUGCCAGUCUUCUGCUCACUACAAGAAUCAAUCAGUUGUUUGCGGCAUUAUUGUGUGAGAAACUGCAUGGUUGGCUUCUCCAAAACUAACAGCUGGUAAAAGCCUCAGCAUCGUAGAUGAGAAAGGGUUGUUUGCUAACUUUCUCAUUUAGCAGCAGUCCUCAGCAUAAAAAUGAGAAAAGAUUUUUCUUUUUGUUUGCUAUUCUCUCAUCACCAAAGAGCAGACUGUUCUCAUUUCUAUGGGUGGGUUCAUCAGCUGGAGCAGUGACAGAUACAACAAUUCCCGAGAACCCUUUUUCAAGAAUACCUGCAUAUUUAGCAUCUGCAUAUUGGCAAAGGGCAUUUGCUGAUUCAUCUUGAUUAGUUAUGUUUCAGAUGUUUCAAAGGGCAGUGACAUAAUAGAGAAUUCUGACUGCUAGAUGUUGCAGAAUUGUGCCCCGUCGAGGUGGCCCAUCGUGAUCCUUCUCUAUCUGCAGCUCGUAUCUACAACUCCCACCAGGAUAUGCAUGAAAAAUGGUUUGUCCACGAAGCUGGAGAUGACGGUGGUGGUGACUUCAUUGUUGAGCCGGGGACCUCCGUGAAGGCUUGGCCUUUUAGCUCGUGUGAUUAGGCUUUUGUGGCCUUCUGUUAUUAAGUAUCAGGUGCUCCGACGGCCACGUACAAAACAUGUGGUGGACAAUCUGAUCAAGAAGCGAGAUGCUGCAUUCACAUGAUCCUCAAAUUAAACCAUCUCCUUGUCGAAAUGUUUGCUGUAGAUUCUUUCGUUUCCUCGGGCCACUGGUCAUCCGCCGGAACUCUUUCCUUUUACACGCCAAAACACACUGCUCUUAAGGAGGAGUUUUCUUGUUCCAGGCAAUGUGACAGUCAGUAGUUGGGAGAUUAAACAUGAUGCAACUUUGAAUGCAUAUAAUUCA